UAAUGGGCUUUUCUUACAUAAACCCGUUCUAUAUCUUUAUGCGCGCGCCGGUCAGAAACUAGAAACUGCCGGUCAUCACCCUCAUCAUCGGCAAUAAUGAGCAUACUCACACUGCUCGUUAAAAUCGCCGGACUUCUUGGCACGAUCACCGUCGGCGCCAACGCAGUCUCUUACUCCCGUUUCCGUCGCCGGAACCUCCGGAACUUUCGCUCUCCAAUCGACGAAUCCAAAGAAGUCCUCGCCGAUUUCACUUCCCAAGAACACAAUGAGGGAAAGUUCUUCUUUGGAUUGGCUACUGCACCUGCUCACGCGGAGGACGAUCUCGACGAUGCAUGGAUCCGGUUUGCUAAAGAAACACCGUGUUCAGCAGAAGAUGAAGAGGAUAAGAAAGCGAAGAGGAAGAAGAAGGUUAAGCUCGCUGUGGGAGCUAUAACGAAAGGGUUGGCCAAGAACACUCAAGGAAAGGAAGAUAACACUGUUGCCGACAGUACACCUACUAAGAAUGUAGCUGCGUGGCACAACACACCUCACGCGGAGGUCAGACUUAAGUUUUGGUCGGAUCCUGACCAAGAAGUGAAGCUAGCUAAAGAUACUGGCGUUACUGUCUUCAGGAUGGGAGUAGAUUGGUGUAGAAUCAUGCCAAAAGAGCCUACCAAAGGGAUUGAGGAAGCAGUUGACUAUGAGGCCCUUGAACACUAUAAAUGGAUACUCAACAGAGUUCGUUCAAACGGGAUGAAAGUGAUGCUAACGCUUUUUCAUCAUUCAUUGCCACCGUGGGCUGCUGAUUACGGUGGAUGGAAAAUGGAGAAGACCGUCGACUACUUCAUGGACUUCACCAGGCUUGUUGUGGACUCCAUGUUUGAUUUGGUAGAUUCUUGGAUUACAUUUAACGAACCCCAUGUCUUCGCCAUGCUUACUUACAUGGCCGGAACUUGGCCCGGUAACACCCCUGAUUUUUUGGAGAUGGCUACAUCUACUCUACCAAUGGGUGUGUUCCACCGAGUCAUGCAUUGGAUGGCUGUUGCUCACUCAAAGGCCUAUGACUACAUCCACGCGAAAACCUCCUUGGAAAAACCUUUGGUAGGGGUUGCGCACCACGUGUCCUUUAUGCGACCGUAUGGCCUCUUUGAUGUUGGGUCCGUUACUUUUAGUAACUCCCUCACGAUGUUUUCAUUUAUUGAUAGCAUUUGUGAGAAACUUGAUUUCAUAGGAAUCAACUACUACGGACAGGAAGCAGUGUGUGGUGUUGGACUAAAGCUUGUAGAGACUGAUGAAUACAGUGAAUCUGGAAGAGGGGUAUACCCUGAUGGCCUCUACCGCGUGUUGUUGAUGUUCCACCAGAGAUAUAAACACCUGAACGUUCCUUUCAUAGUCACAGAAAAUGGUGUUUCUGAUGAAACGGACGUGAUUCGUCGGCCUUACAUGAUUGAGCAUCUCCUUGCCCUUUAUGCUGCAAUGCUAAAGGGUGUUCCGGUGCUCGGUUACAUAUUCUGGACUAUUUCAGACAACUGGGAAUGGGCUGAUGGGUAUGGUCCAAAAUUUGGACUUGUUGCGGUUGACCGUGCUAAUAAUCUUGCCCGGACCGUUCGGCCAUCGUACCAUCUCUUUACCAAGAUAGUGAAAAGCGGAAAAAUCACACGUAAUGAUCGGUCUCUUGCAUGGGAAGAACUCCAAAAAGCUGCGAAAGCAGGAAAGGUACGACCGUUCUACCGUGCAGUUGAUAAUCAUGGUCUGAUGUACGCAGAUGGUCUGGACAAGCCUCAAGGGAGACAGUUUGUUGACCGUGACUGGCGGUUUGGUCACUACCAAGUGGAUGGUCUUCAAGACCCGCUGAGUCGCUUGGCUCGAGCUCUUCUCAUAUGGCCGGCCAUCACGAAAAAGAAGAUAAGAAAAGUUAAGGUCAAGCACACCGAUGAGUCAGGGCUUGCUCUACAGCCCGCGUAGGCCCCUUUGACUAGAGGAAGAGAGUAGAAGCCGAGAGGAAUCAAUCUCAUCUCCUUUGUAUGAUUUGCCAAACAUUUGGCGCAAAUUAGCGACGAUUCACCGUUUUGUUUGUUAUGAUGUUUAAAUAAAGGCAAAACGGGACGAUGUUCUAGGGUAAGAUCUGUAGAUGUGCUGCUGUUUUCGCCUAUUUCAGUUGUAGACUUGUAGGUCUUGAACCUCCUUUAAUUUUUACUAAUUUUCUUCGACUUA